AUGGACCUGUCCUCUUCCAGCAACACCCGAUUUCCACACCUCCCAUUGGCUGGUGCCGAUUUGAGUGAAACCCGGACGCACGCACACGCAGUGUGCGAGCACAGUCGCCAUUUCGUGUGUGUUCAGAAGGCCACUGAACCAUCACACAGCAUGAGGGCAGCGCGGAAGCUCUGGGUCAUCCUUGUAACAAUCGGUGUGUUCUGCGUCCUUGCAGCCAUAGCGACCAACCUGGCGGCCGUCAUAUUGCCCCAUUGGAUGGAAUAUACCAAGACCAGCGCAGAUGUCUACGCGAAUAGAGGACUAUUUCAGAACUGCAAAGGGUCCUUUGGCAGUGAGUGUCUGGAAAUUUCAAGUCCUCUGCAUCCAUACCAGAAGUGCGUUUCUACUAGUGGAACUUGUGACGAAGGGCAGGUGGCACGAACGGGUCAAAUAAGUCGCCUCAGAGUCGCAGACUGGGCAUUGCAUGUAACCGCACUUGGCUUGGAAACCAUCUCCUCACUUGUCUGUGUUGUGUAUCUGCUGGCAGUUCGCUAUUGCAUGAGCAAACCCAGUGCACAGAGCGCUCAAUCCUGCCUAGCUGCCUCGGGCUAUCUCCUUUGGCUUUCAGCUAUUUUAACCACAUUGGGAAUUAUAUCUUUCGAAGGCACCUCAAUCCUUGAAUCGAUUACUACCACCAUCAAAUUGAAAGGCAUGACAGGAAGUCUACCGGCAAAUGACUGGGAGUUGGUAGAAAGAAACUACGAUCUGUCUUCCCAUCUCAGCUGGGCGAGUGUGGCCCUUGGGAUAGCAGGAACCACCUCCGCAUAUAACAUCACCGUCCAUGCUUGCAUUGUCAACCUCUUCAACCGUUCCUCUUUACCCGUUGGCACCAAAACAAGCGCCGCAGGAACAGCAGAAACAGAAAUAGGGAACGCAGCUAAGAUAUCCUAUCAAAUGAAUGAAGCAAAUUUAGAAAAUAAAAACACAAAGGAAGAGCCUGAUAACACUAUUGCCGAUGGUUCGGAGCCACAGGGAUACAUUAUACGCCCUGAAAUAUAUAACAGAUUCCGUCCAUCGAAGGUUCGAGAAGUAAUGCGUGAAAUACUAAAGCAUAAUUUGGAGGACGUUAAGUAUGAAUACGAAAAAAUGCCUGAUUUGACGAAAGGCCUUUCCGACAAAAUUCGUGACGAACUUCGCAAUGAUCCUACUUACAAACGCUACACUUUCCUCGUUCAAGUUGUUAUUGGCGAACAAAAGGGUCAGGGUGUAAAAGCAUCAUGUCGAUGUUUUUGGGACAGUGAUAGUGACAAUUAUGCAGAGGUUUGUUACUUGACACCAACUUUGUUUUGCGUUGCCAUUGCUUUUGGUGUAUAUAAUUAUUAG